GGUAUAAAUUCAUCUCUGUAUAUUUAGUCAGCCCUUUUCUCCACGGAACGCUCCCGUCUGUAAGUCUAGGCUACGCAGUAGCUUCGACUUAUUCUUCAGUUAUGGCAGACCAGGCCUUUGUGACGCUGGCUACCAACGACAGCUAUGCCCGGGGUGCCAUGGUUCUGGGCAAGUCCCUUCGUAACCAGAACACAUCCAAGAAGUUGGUAGCUCUCAUUGGACCACAUGUGUCGGAGCCUUGCCAGUGUGUGCUGAGGAGAAUCUAUGAUGAGGUGAAGGUGGUGGAUGUGCUGGAUAGCGGUGACACAGCUCACCUGGCCAUGAUGAAGAGGCCUGAUUUGGGUGUCACCUUCACCAAGCUUCACUGCUGGACCCUUACACACUACUCCAAAUGUGUUUUCAUGGAUGCAGACACUAUGGUGCUUUCCAAUAUAGAUGAGCUGUUUGACAGAGAGGAAUUGUCAGCAGCUCCUGAUCCUGGCUGGCCUGACUGCUUCAACUCUGGCGUGUUUGUUUUUCGUCCUUCUGUGGAGACUUAUGACGAUCUGCUGCAGUAUUGUACAGAACACGGCAGCUUUGACGGAGGAGACCAGGGGGUUUUGAAUGGCUUCUUCAGUGACUGGGCAACAGCUGACAUAUCAAAACAUCUCCCCUUCAUUUACAACCUCAGCAGCAUAGCAAUCUACACUUACCUUCCAGCAUUCAAGCAGUAUGGUGGCAAUGCAAAGGUUGUUCACUUCCUGGGGAAGACUAAGCCAUGGAGUUACACAUUCGACCCCAAAGCUAAACAGAUUUCAGGGAGUGUGGAGGAGGCCACCACACAUCCCUCCUUCCUCCUGGACUGGUGGACUCUGUAUGCCAGUGCUGUGGUGCCAAUGCUGCAGGAGCAGUAUGGAGACCAGCCUUUCUACUCUGGCUGUGUGGAGGGUGAAAGCAGCUCCUCACAUCCACAGGCACUCAAACCCCAGCUCUCUUCAGAGGAACGGAAGGAGCAAUGGGAGCAAGGUCAGGCAGACUACAUGGGAACGGACUCAUUCGACAAUAUCAAGCGAAAGCUCGAUACUUUCCUCAAAUAAGUCAUGUGGGAUAUCUAGUACACUUGCAGUCUAAAGGUCUUUGAAAAGAAAAAAAUGCUGUAAAAUGUCAGGUUUAGAAAUGAGCUUUUUGUCUUGUCAGUACUAUACUUCCAUUUUCCCAAAGACCAUGUAGUUUAAAUGGGAAACUCUAUGCAAGAUGGUUAUUCAGUUUAGUAUCCCACAAGUUCUAUAAGAAAAUUACAAGUUUACAGUAUCUUUUUUUUUUUUUAUUUUUUUUUUUUUCUUUCAGGCACUUAAUCCCUCCCCCCAGUCCUCACUCUUAAUAGAAAGUUUAACAUGAAAUGUUUACAGAAUUUCUAAAGGCCAUUUAGCCAUGCAUGUACACUAGAAACAUUAGUGCCUUAAUCUUGCUCUUUACUGCUAUGUCGGUCCUUUACUGGCUACUUUCCUGUAGGUUGGUUGACUUGUUCUGUUUUUUACUUGACCAGGAUGUUUGCUGUACCACAAGGUUUCAUCGUUACAUUAAAAGAAACUUUCUCAGA